GGAGCCUGGGCUGCUUUGGACUUGGAUGCUCGCAGUGGCCACCCUGAAGAAGCAAGAAAAUGAUGAGCGAUGCAAGUGAGAUGCUGGCUGCAGCUUUGGAACAGAUGGACGGCAUUAUUGCAGGCUCCAAGGCUCUGGAGUAUUCCAACGGCAUAUUUGAUUGCCAAUCCCCAACUUCUCCGUUCAUGGGGAGCCUGCGAGCCCUACAUCUGGUGGAGGAUUUGCGUGGCCUGUUGGAGAUGAUGGAAGUGGAUGAGAGAGAAGGAUUGCGGUGUCAAGUCCCAGAUUCGACAGCAGAGAUUUUGAUUGAAUGGCUACAGAGUCAAAUGACCAAUGGGCAUAUAUCUACUAAUGGAGAUGUGUAUCAGGAGCGACUCGGACGUUUGGAAAAUGACAAGGAAUCCCUUGUUCUGCAAGUGAGUGUUCUUACUGACCAGGUGGAAGCCCAAGGAGAAAAGAUCAGAGAUUUAGAGUUCUGCCUGGAAGAGCACAGGGAAAAACUGAAUGCCACAGAAGAAAUGCUACAACAGGAGCUUUUAAGCAGAACAUCCCUUGAAACUCAAAAGCUGGACCUUAUGGCAGAAGUAUCUAACUUAAAGCUCAAGCUUACCACCGUGGAGAAGGACCGAAUAGACUAUGAAGACAGCUUCAGGGACACAGAGGGUUUGGUACAGGAAAUUAAUGAAUUGCGCUUGAAAGUAAGAGACAUGGAUAGCGAGAGACUUCAGUAUGAGAAAAAAAUUAAAUCUACCAAAUCUUUAAUGGCCAAACUUUCUAGCAUGAAAAUCAAAGUGGGCCAGAUGCAGUAUGAAAAACAGCGGAUGGAGCAAAAAUGCCAGAUGUUGAAGGAAGAGUUAGCAUCUUUAAAAGACAAACUGCAACAGAAAGAAGCAGAAAUAAAACGACUGCAGGAGAAACUGGUUCAUCAGGGAAAAGGAGAAGAGGUUGACCUCAACGACAGAGAUGAAAAUUGUAAAAAGAAGCUCAAAGACAAAAACAUCGAGGUCCAGAAAAUGAAGAAGGCGGUGGAAUCUCUAAUGGCAGCAAAUGAAGAGAAGGAUCGUAAGAUUGAAGAGCUUCGACAGUCUCUCAACCGAUAUAAGAAAGUACAGGAUAUGGUAAUACUGGCCCAGGUCAAAAAAGGCAAGGAUGAUGAAUGUGAGGAGUCUGCUAACUCGGGAUCUGUUUCGGUAGCUUUGUCAGAUUCACAAAGUUUAACUGAAUCUGAGAAAAGUCUGUCUCCUAUGCUAGUAUCAGGCUCUCCAGACCAUGAAGAAUUUAGAACAACAUCUCCUGAACAGAAUUCACUCCAGAUCCACACCAGUGUCUUGCAAGUUUCCAUCCCUUCUUUCUCACCAACCUCCAGAUGCUCAGAAGCCUCAACCGAAAAAGUAAAAGCCCAAUCUAGGAUGGCAGUAGCAAGUGAUAUCAGUGAAAGAAAUACACCCUUGGCUUCUAUAGAAAAUGACACAAAAUUCCAGCUAGGUGGCACAAAAUUUAUGAAGUGUCUUCAAUCAAGUUAUAUAGCCCCAGGGAUAUACAGACUUUUAACUUCAGCUCUGCAAAAAUCAAGCAGCCUGGGGAACUUGAAGAAAGAGCCAUCUGAAGAUAAAGAGUCUGCAGAGAAGCCAGAAGAGAGCAAGGUGCCAGCCGAGGGCAGCAAAUACGGAACUCUCCCUCCUAAAUCCCCAGAUGACAACGAUGCGUUUGGGACCCGUAAAGCCCGGUCUUCGUUUGGGCGAGGCUUUUUCAAGAUCAAAAGUAACAAAAGGACAGCAAGCGCACCUAAUUUGGACCGCAGUCGAAGCGCAAGUGCGCCCACCUUAGCUGAGACAGAAAAAGGAUCCUCAGAGCACCUGGAUCUGGCUAGUUUGCCCCCCCGGCCAAAAGGUGGGCUUCUGACUCCACUAUCUCCUGACUCCAGAAAGAAAACAAGAGGAAUCAAAAAGCUGUUUGGAAGACUCAUAAGAAGCCAGUCUACUACAUUUAAUGCAGAUGACAUGCCAGAAACCGAGUUCAAAAGAGGAGGAACAAGAGCAACUGCUGGGCCAAGGCUAGGCUGGUCAAGAGAUCUUGGGCAAACCAAUAAUGAUUUGGACAUGCCGUUUGCGAAAUGGACCAAGGAGCAAGUUUGCAACUGGCUCCAGGACCAGGGCCUGGGCUCUUACAUCCAUAAUGGCAGGCAAUGGAUACUCUCUGGUCAGACUCUCUUGCAAGCUUCCCAGACAGAUUUAGAGAAGGAACUUGGAAUCAAGCAUCCACUGCAUCGGAAGAAGCUUCAGCUUUCACUUCAGGCGUUAGGAUCAGAAGAGGAGAACAAUCAUGGGAAGCUGGAUUACAACUGGGUUACAAGAUGGCUGGAUGAUAUUGGACUACCCCAGUACAAGACACAGUUUGAUGAAGGAAAGGUGGAUGGUCGAAUGCUUCAUUACAUGACUAUUGAUGACUUGCUGUCCUUGAAAGUUGUGAGUGUCCUCCACCAUCUUAGUAUCAAACGUGCCAUUCAAGUCCUCAGGAUAAAUAACUUUGAACCCAACUGUUUGCGCAGGAGGCCGUCAGAUGAGAAUAACAUCACACCAUCCGAGGUUUCCCAGUGGACUAAUCACCGAGUGAUGGAGUGGCUGCGGUCUGUUGAUCUUGCAGAAUAUGCUCCCAAUUUAAGGGGAAGUGGUGUUCACGGUGGUCUAAUGGUGCUGGAGCCUCGCUUCAAUGUCGAGACCAUGGCGCAGCUGCUGAACAUCCCACCCAACAAGACGCUACUGAGGCGACACUUGGCAACCCAUUUCAAUUUGCUGAUCGGUCAUGAGGCCCAGCAGCAAAAGUGUGAAGCGAUGGCAUCGCCGGACUAUGUCCUCUUGACAGCUACAGCCAAAGUGAAGCCAAAGAAACUUGGUUUUGGUAAUUUUGGAAAUCUGCGGAAGAAGAAGCAGGAGGAUGGGGAAGAGUAUGUGUGUCCAAUGGAUUUGGGACAGGCGUCAGGAAGUGCAUCAAGCAAAGGGUUUCGGCCAGGUUUAGAUGUCAGGCCAUAUGAUGAUGAUGAACUGGACAGACUAGAACAGAUGGAAGAUUCAGAAGGAACUGUGAGGCAAAUAGGAGCAUUUUCUGAAGGCAUCAACAACUUGACUCACAUGUUGAAAGAAGAUGAAAUGUUCAAAGACUUUGCUACUCGUUCCCCUAGUGCCAGCAUCACAGAUGAGGAUUCUAAUGUGUGACCGUGGCGCCGUUGGACACCAAAAUAAUAAUUCUCAUUCUGUUAGGACUGCCACUCAUCUGUGAUGGGGACAGAAGAUCACGUAACUUAAAGUCAUUGUUGCUUCUGUUUCUUACACGUGAUAUAUUUCAGGCGAAUAACAGGAAAAGAGGUGCCUAUCUAUUCUGAA